AUGGAGGUUGUGGAGGUGGCACCACCGCCGCCUCCCCUUUCUUGUGACCUCUCUCCUAUUGCCAAAGGCAAACGCACCAAACGACUUAGGCCUCAUUCCCCCAUUCCCUUCACCGUCACAUCCUCCGAGGAAAGCAGCACGACCCAGGAAAUCGACACUGCUCGUUCCCUCAUCCUCCUCUCCCGAGCCAAUCAAUUUCACCACAAUCAUCCCAACCACACAUCAUCUCAACACGAUGCACGCGGAGGAGGAGGUGCAUUCGUGUACACGUGUAAAACAUGCAACCGAUCAUUUCCCUCUUUCCAAGCCCUAGGUGGGCAUCGGGCCAGCCAUAAAAAGCCCAAGAACGAGAAGCAGCCCAUAUUCUCCGAUGACGAGGACUUCCCAUCACCAUCCUCAAAUAAGAUUAAUAGAUUCUCUCUCAACACUCUCUCUCUACAACUUAACAAUAAUAAUGCUACCACCAACUUCAUGAACAAGUCAUCCCCUUCUCCUAGGAUGCAUGAGUGCUCCUACUGUGGGGCCGAGUUCACAUCGGGCCAGGCACUCGGAGGCCACAUGAGGAAGCAUCGGGCUGGACCCGUUAUGCGAUCUUCUGAGGUUAAUGCCCCCGCUCUUGAGGAGAUGGAGCCCGAGGACUCAAGGAAGUCAGCUGGAAUAAUUAAUCUGGGCUUGUCAUUGGAUCUCAAUCUUCCGGCACCCGACGAUGACAAGGAAAAAAGCCCAAAGGAAAGUGACCAGAGGUUUAGGCCUGGUAUUGGCCACCGCUAUUACUCCACCAUCAAUUGA